GUUUGUGUUUAGUCCACUUUCGGGUCAGUAUGUGGGAAAUCCGGUCCAUGUCCUUCUGGCGGGCAGUGUUCACCGAGUUCUAUGGCACCAUGUUCUUUGUCUUCUUCGGCUUGGGGGCUUCCCUCCGCUGGACCACAGGGCCCCACAACGUCCUUCAUGUGGCCAUCUGCUUUGGCUUGGCGGCUGCCACGCUCAUCCAGUCCAUUGGCCACAUCAGCGGUGGACACAUCAACCCAGCGGUGACUUUUGCCUUCCUGAUUGGCUCCCAAAUGUCACUGUUGCGCGCAAUCUUCUACAUAGUUGCCCAAUGCCUGGGAGCCCUGGCCGGUGCCGCUGUACUCUACGGGGUCACACCCACCAACAUGAGGGGCAACUUGGUCCUUAACACGCUGCAGCCAGGCAUCAGUCUGGGCAUGGCCACCACGGUGGAGGUGUUCCUUACCCUGCAGCUGGUGGUCUGCAUCUUUGCUGUGACAGAUGAGCGCCGCAACGGACGCUUGGGAUCUGCUGCCCUGGCUAUCGGUUUCUCCGUGCUGAUAGGACAUCUUGUUGGGAUUUACUACACCGGAGCGGGAAUGAAUCCAGCAAGAUCUUUUGCCCCAGCUGUGCUGGUCAGGAAUUUUGUCAACCAUUGGGUGUACUGGGUUGGGCCUUUAAUUGGCGGUGCUGUUGGCGCGCUGCUGUAUGACUUCAUACUCUUUCCACGAAUGCGUGGUCUCGCGGAGAGGCUCGCCACACUGAAGGGCAUUCGGCCCCCAGAGGCCGAGGGGCAGCAGGAGACCAGGGGAGAGCCUAUGGAGCUCAAAACACAGGCGCUAUAAGGCCGCAGAUGAUACAAAGGUGCCCCACUUUCCAUUUUUAACCUUGUUCUGGCACAAGAACUGGGCCUCCUCCCCCCUUUUGGACUGCAGGACAAAGAUGAAGGCUGUUGAUCAAGACACGUCUUUCUUUUUCUCUCAUUUAUUUAUUCAUUUUUUGCUAGGAGUGAAGCUACCUUAGACUUCAGCAUGCUUUUCCUUUUUCAGGUGCCACAAUUUUGCCAUUUGCUUUGUUCCGCUCAAUUUAACGUACAUUAUGUAUUGUAUUGUACCGCACCAGAAUGAAUUCCGUUUUUUUAAAAUGUGUGUCAGCAAAUAUGACUGGUCUCUGUAUGAGUGUGCAUGUAACCUUUGCGAUUAUUUUCAGUUUCUCUGAAAAAAAAAACAACUUUUACUUCAUUGCUGUAUGUGUAACCUAAUUUUAAAUCAUCCAAACUUCUUUUCAAUAACAAU